AUGGAUGUGGGAGCAUCAACUCCGUUCCUGUGGGCUUUUGAGGAGCGGGAGAAAUUGUUGGAAUUCUAUGAAAGAGUCUCGGGAGCCAGGAUGCAUGCCAGUUUCAUACGACCAGGUGGAGUGGCACAAGAUCUGCCUCUUGGCUUAUGUCGAGAUAUUGAUUCCUUCACACAACAAUUUGCUUCUCGUAUCGACGAAUUAGAAGAGAUGUCAACCGGCAACCGUAUCUGGAAACAACGAUUAGUGGAUAUUGGUACUGUCACUGCACAGCAAGCAAAGGAUUGGGGAUUCAGUGGUGUAAUGUUAAGAGGUCGUGCGACAUGA